GGUCAAAUAUCCAUGCAGUCGCAAAACACUGGCACACUAUAAAGUUAAGUUGACGUGUGUCAUUAAAAAGUAAAAACAGUGAUCGCAUUUUGAAUUUUUUACGCAUAUUGUCACUGAAACAAAAAUAACAAUAAAAUAUCUGGAAAAAAGGAAAGUGUGACGUGUCUCGCGUAUUUUGUCAAAAUAAUUGAAUAUUACAAAAAUAAAAGAUGUUUUCUCAUGACGAUAUAAAAGGAAUGCCUGAAAAUAGUUUCAUGCGGCCGGGCGAUGAAAUCAUAAGCAUCCAUGAAGUUUGCUUGAAUGAUAAUUUUCAAAAAAGGGAUUUUUCUUUGCUGCCUCCCGCCGGUAAACUUGAGUUGGACGUGCCCCGGUCCCUAUACCAGCCUAUACCGGCGCGGCCAGGGCUCAGCUCAGAGGGACAAGCUAGUGUAGAAAUCGAGCUGGACCGGGCGCUCAAGAAUGAGCCUGACACUUCUACUUCUACUUCUGUACUUGGCGAAUAUUCGCCGACUGAGGAUGACUUCAGUAAGUCGUCGUUUCUACUGGACCCGCAGCUCGUGUCGUCUACGUCUACAACGGGGCCUGCGUCUCUUAUACUGGGCACAGACAAGACGAAGAAGGAAAGCACGAAGGUGGACAAGUCGGACCCGCGCUCGCGCUUCCACUUCGUGAAGUACGUCAAGAGGCACGGACGCACCGUCAAGAUCUGGGAGUGCGGGCUUUGCAACCGCGAGUUCCAGCACCAGUACACGCUCAUCCGCCACGUCCCUACUCACACUGAUGAGAGGAACUUCCACUGUGGGGCCUGUGGGAAGAGCUUCCGUCAGCUCUCCACGCUGAGCCAGCACAAGGCCAUACACUCGGCUGAUAGGCCCUACGCUUGCGAGAUGUGCAAGAAAACCUUCAACCGUGUGUCGACCCUCAUCUCCCAUCGCAAGACCCAUUCCAACGACAAACCAUACAAAUGUGACCGCUGUCCUAAAGGAUUCCAUCAGAAAGGCAACCUGCGCAACCACAUGUUCACGCACACCAACGAGCGGCCGUACCGCUGCAGCGUCUGCAACAAGGGCUUCAACCAGCAGUCCAACCUCGUCUGUCACAAGAAUAAGGCUCAUUGCGAGGACUUACCCAACAUUCCUCCAGAGAUGAUUCCUUCUAAAGUUGAAAUACCACGUCCAAGCCGCUCUCCUCGCCAAGCGCGGCCUGACUCUACUGUGUCCAAAUCAGAGCAAUGCGAAGUAUCAUCCUCAGUCGGACCUUACCUGUCUACCAUAGAAGGUCCAUCGACCUCUUCCUGGCAUUCAAUAUCUCCCUCUAUAAUAGACUGGGAAGUGCCCAGGUCUUACCAAGAGUCUUCUGACAUUUGGACCAUGUCUGGUUUAAAUGGGGGCGGUGUUAUAGUGGAGCCUAUAAAGACAUUCCAUAUGGGGGUAGCUAUGGCGACUAAACAGACGCCAUUUGCUUUGCUGAAGCCAGACCAUGGAGUACCCGUUUUGGUGAAGGUAGUCGAUACGAAGCUGCCUGGAGGAAAACAGAUGUUGGUGCCAGCAACAGCAGAUGAUCUAAGGUUCGGAGGAAAAGUAACUGUAAACAACGAUGGAGAGUCUCUACUUCAGCAAUCUAUCUCCGACUCUCAACCCUCGCUCGGAGUCCAGAUACGCGUGCCGGUGGUGGCGACGGUGGCGGCGUCGCUGCGCGGCGGCGGCCUACAGCUGGCGGUCCAGGAGCCGCAUCAGCACUUCCACACUGCACUCAAUGCCACUGUCGAAGUAGAAGGUUGUUCCCUGAGCUCGCCCCCCCACUCCUUCCCGGCCGAGACCCCGGGACCGCAUCUUGAGCCGCCGCCGCUUACUUCCUGCCCUAAUUACACUGAAUCAAAUGGCAACAGAGCUUCCUCAUCGUGUGCGCUGUUCCCCCCUGCGCCCUCCCCGCCCCUCGACCUCAUCUCCUUGGACUUGUUUGAACACAUGGAAUGCAUACCGAUGGGGUCUCAAGUAACGUCCGUGGACGACCACCCCCCGUCUGAUGACUCCAGCGUCUUAAUUGGGCAGUUUCAGGACAGUAUCGCUCUUUCUGACUCGGAUUAGCAAGUUAAACGUACCUAAUAAUUAAAAUUACCUAUCUAUAUUUUUUUCAAUUAAGCAUAUUUUCAAUUAGUAAGUAAAGUUCUUAUUUAUGAAUUUUAAAGUAAGAAAAUAUUUAAAUAGCUUUAUUUCCCUCAAAAUAUUUAGUUUUCUAAUGAAGUUUCGAUUUAGUUCUAAGAGAAAAUGAAGUGUUACGUUUUGUUUUAAUUUAUUUUUGUUCUAAGCUUGCAAUAAAGUUAAUAUAAGU